GAGAGAGAGAGAGAAGGUUGUGCACGAUUUGCUGUCUUCUCUAGGAUACAGCUCGCUCCCCUCUUCGUCUCAGUGCUCCUCUCUCUUCCCACUCUCGCGUAUCCGAUCCGUCUCUCCCGCACAACUCCUCCGUUUCUCAAGAACUCCGAGGAUGAGUCCUUCAGAAACCUCCAGCCGCAGACGCCCGUUCUCCAGCUCAUGGCUGCCCAGGACGACCCGACACUCUUGGGCUUCCCUCGCGCGGACCUGCCCCCUGUGAACUGGAUCCAAAGCAGAGCAGCGCUCCUUUAGAAAAGGGCACGUUCAUUCAGACCACGUCUUUCAGCCUAAAAGCCCACAAAGGACAAGACCUUCAGAGCCCAAGCUUUCAGAUUGCUAGAGGAACUGCGGUCAAUCACACGGAAAGAUGGAGCAGGAGAUUUCAAAAGUGCAGCGUAAGAUGUCAGACCUGGAGUCAGUUCUCCAGCAGAAGGACGUGGAGCUCAAGGCUUCGGAAACCCAGAGAACCAUCCUGGAACAAGACCUGGCCACCUACAUCACCGAAUGCAGCAGCUUGAAGCGCAGUUUGGAGCAGGCCCGCAUGGAGGUGUCGCAGGAGGACGAUAAAGCUCUGCAGCUCCUGCACGACAUUCGAGAGCAGAGCAACAAACUGCAGGAAAUCAAAGAACAGGAGUACCACGCUCAGCUGGAGGAGAUGCGCGUGUCCAUUCGUCAGCUGGAGGAGAACCUGUCGGCCGCUCGCCGUCGCAGCGACCUGUACGAAUCCGAGCUGAAAGAGUCUCGCCACACCAGCGAGGAGCUCAAGAGGAAGGCUGUGGAAUACCAGCAGAAGAUUCAGAAGGCCAAAGAGCAAGGCAAAGCUGAGAUGGAAGAACUUCUGACCAAACUGCAGAAGACCAAUGCAGAGCAACAAGUGAAGAUCGAAGAACUCCAGGAGAAGCUUGCCAAGGCCGUGAAGGCGAGCACAGAAGCCACUGAACUCCUGCAGAACGUCCGUCAGGCUAAAGAACGUCUGGAGCGAGAUCUGGAGCGUUUUCAGACCAAAGAGGACUCCACCGACAGCCUGCGCAGACGCCUGCGAGAGACCGAGGAUGGCAAGAAAACCCUAGAGAACCAGGUGAAGAGGCUGGAGAUGGUGGAGCGGAGAGAAACUAAACUCAAAGAAGACAUUCAGACCAAGUCGCAGCAGAUCCAACAGAUGGCCGACAAAAUCAUGGAACUGGAAGAGAACUUUCGUGAAACACAGGCAACGGCGCAGCGUAUGGAAACACACCUGGAACAGAACGAAAAGCUUUACGAAGACAAGAUCAAGGUUUUAGAGACUCAAAUGAAGGCUGAUUUGGCUGAAAAGGAACUGCUGGAGUCUAAGCAGAGCACGUUUGAAGAGGAAUCUCGCGAGCGGGGAAAAGUGAUCAGCGACCAGGCCGCGACCAUCAAUGCCAUGGAGUCAAAGAUGACCAAUCUGGAGCAGAGGAUCGCCGAGCUGUCCGAGGCCAACAAGCUGGCAGCCAACAGCAGCAUUUACACGCAGAAAAACAUGAAAGCCCAAGAGGAGAUGAUCUCUGAACUCAGGCAGCAGAAGUUUUAUCUGGAGUCUCAGGCUGGAAAACUGGAGGCGCAGAACGCAAAGCUGGAGGAGCAUCUGGAGAAACUGACCCAACAAGAGCAGACCAACAAGAGCAGAGUGCUGGAGCUGGAGGCCAGACUGCGAGAGAUGGGUCUGGAGCACGAGGAGCAGAAGCUGGAGAUCAAGAGGCAGGUGUCGGAGCUCACGCUGUCCCUGCAGGAGAGAGAAGCUCAGAUCAGCAGCCUGCAGGCGGCCCGCCACGCUCUGGAGAGCCAGCUUCAACAGGCCAAGACCGAGCUGGAGGAGACCACCGCCGAGGCCGAGGAGGAGAUCACCGUCCUCCGGGCCCACCGGGAUGAAAUCCAGCGCAAGUUUGAUGCCCUGCGAGACAGCUGUGCGGUGAUCACGGAUCUGGAGGAGCAGCUGACUCAGCUGACGCAGGAGAACGCCGAGCUGAACCGACAGAACUUCUAUCUGUCCAAGCAGCUGGACGAGGCCACGGACGAGAACGAGGAGAGACUGCAGCUCAAGCAGGACGUGGAGCGCCUGCGCCGGGAGGUGGCUGACCGAGAGAUGCACCUCAACAACCAGAAACAGAACAUCGAGACGCUGAAGACCACGUGCACGAUGCUGGAGGAGCAGGUGCUGGAGCUGGAGACGCUAAACGAUGAGCUGCUGGAGAAGGAGAGACAGUGGGAGAACUGGAGAUCUGCCCUGGACGAGGAGAAGAACCAGGCCGAGCGCCGAGCCAGAGACAUACAGAGACAACUGGACAGCGAGAAGCAGACCAGACUCCGUGCAGAGCAGCGUAAUUCUGAGUCUCGUCAGGCCGUUGAACUGGCGGUCAAAGAGCACAAAGCUGAAAUCCUGGUUCUGCAGCAGGCCCUGAAAGACCAGAAACUCAAAGCCGAAGGUCUUUCUGAUACCCUGAGCGAUCUGGAGAAGAAACACGCCAUGCUGGAGAUGAACGCGCGCAGCCUGCAGCAGAAGCUGGAGACGGAGCGGGAGCUCAAGCAGAGGCUCAUGGACGAGCAAGCAAAACUUCAGCAGCAGCUGGACAUGCAGAAGAGCCACAUCUUCAGACUGACUCAAGGGCUUCAGGACGCGCUGGACCAGACGGACCUUCUGAAGACCGAGCGGACAGACCUGGAGUACCAGCUGGAGAACAUACAGGCGGCGUACUCUCACGAGAAGGUCAAGAUGGAGGGGACCAUCACCCAGCAGACCAAGCUCAUAGACUUCCUGCAGGCCAAGGUAGAGCACCCCUCUAAGAAGAAAAAGGGGCUGUUCGGCGGCCGGCGUCGAGAGGAUCUGCUGGCGGCGCUGGCGGCGCAGGGACAGACUCAGGGGCCCGCGGUGGCCCCCGUGACUCCCGUGCCCCUGCAGUACAGCGACCUGAAGGCGGCGCUGGAGAAGGAGCGCGCUCGCUGCUCGGAGCUGGAGGAAGCUCUGCAGAAAACACGCAUGGAGCUCAGAGAGGCAGUUCAGUUUAAUAAAGCCCUGGAGCACAGCAGCACUCCGGCCACCCCGGGUUUGGCUCGUCAGCAGCUCAUGAUGUCCACCAAAUCCAACAAAUCCCCCGAGCACCAGCCCAGCAGCGGCCUGAUGUCGUCCAGCUCCGGCCGCAGGAAGGACAACGCCAAUCCUGAAGAAAUAAGGAGAGUCACUUCUGAAAAGUACACCAGACGUGUGAAGGACAGGAUUCAUCACAACACUCCUCACCGCUUCACGCAGGGGCUCAACAUGAGGGCGGCCCGCUGCACCGUCUGUCUGGACACGGUCCAUUUUGGACGGCAAGCCGCGACAUGCAUCGAAUGUCACGCUUUGUGCCACCCAAAAUGCUCCCCGUACCUUCCAGCCACCUGUGGAGUGCCCACCGAGUACGCUCUGCACCUGUCCGAGGCUCUGUGUCGGGAAAAGGGAAGCACCUCUGGUCUGAAAGACGUCGGUGGACACAUGAGGCUAGAAGGAUGGCUGAAGCAGCCCAGAAAUGGGAAGCGUGGUCAGGGCUGGGAGAGAAAGUACGUGGUGCUGGAUGGAUAUAAAGUGAUCACCUACGAGACAGAACCAAGAGAUGAGUCAGUGAAGCCGCUGGACGAGUUUGAGUUGUGUCUCUCUGAUGGAGAUGUGACUGUUCAUUCUGCUGUUGGAGCCUCUGAGCUGCCCAACACGGCCAAGACAGAUGUGCCGUAUGUGCUGAAGUUGGAGUCGUCUCCGCAGUCGACAUGCUGGCCAGGUCAGACUCUGUACCUCAUGACCUCAGGGUUUUCUGAGAAGCAGCGCUGGGUUGCUGUGCUGGAGGCCAUUGUGGCCAGCAGUCGUGGAGCGAGAGAGAAAGCUGAAGCAGACGCUAAAUUGCUGGGUAAUUCCUUACUCAAGCUGGAAGGAGAUGAUCGUCUAGAUAUCAACUGCACCCUGCCGCUGACUGACCAGAUUGUGUUGGUGGGCUCUGAGGAAGGGCUGUAUGCCCUGAAUGUGAUUAAAAACUCCCUCACGCACAUCCCGGGCAUGGGGUCCGUGUUUCAGAUCCACAUCAUUAAGGAGCACGACAAGCUGCUGAUGAUCGUGGGGGAUGAGCGGGCACUCUGUCUGGUGGAGAUUAAGAAAGUGAAACAGUCUCUGUCCCAGUCUCACCUCCCCACGUUACCUGAGAUUGUGCCGUAUAUCUUUGAGACCGUCAAGGGCUGUCAUCUGUUCGCCGCGGGCAGGAUAGAAAAUGGUCCGUGCAUUUGUGCUGCAAUGCCUAACAAAGUCACAAUUCUACGAUACAACGACAAUCUGAACAAAUUCUGUAUAAGGAAGGAGAUUGAAACGCUCGAGCCGUGCAGCUGUGUCCACUUCACCAGCUACAGCAUCAUCAUCGGUACCAAUAAAUUCUACGAGAUUGAGAUGAAGCAGUGCGUUCUUGAUGAGUUCCUGGACAAGAAUGACGUGUCUCUGGCAUCGGCUGUGUUCACUGGAUCCUCCCACUGUUUCCCAAUCUCCAUUGUCCAGGUGUCCAGCACUCCGCAGAAGGAAGAAUAUCUGCUCUGCUUUCACGAGAUCGGCGUGUUUGUGGAUGCUCACGGUCGAAGAAGUCGCCCCGAUGAUCUCAAGUGGAGUCGUCUCCCCCUGACAUUCGCAUUCAGAGAGCCGUAUCUGUUUGUGACCUACUUCAACUCGCUAGACGUCAUUGAGAUUCAGGGACAUGCGGCUCUUGGGCCUCCCAGUCUUGUUCACCUGGACAUCCCUAACCCACGCUAUCUGGGGCCGGCCAUAUCGUCUGGUGCCAUCUACCUGGCCUCCUCCUAUCAGAACAAACUGCGGGUCAUCUGCUGUAAGGGCAGCUUGGUGCGGGAGUCUGGGGAACUGCAGAGGACCGGUUCUAGCAGGAGUCAAAGCAUCAUGCAUUUACCCAAAUCUUCACAGCAGCCCAAACAAGCGCGGGCCGCCCACCUACAACGAGCACAUUUCCAAGCGCCUGGCCUCGGGGCCCGGGGCCCAGGAGGGGCAGCUGCACCGCGAGCCCAGCACCCCUCACCGCUACCGCGAGGGCCGCACGGAGUUCCGGAGGGACAAAUCUCCGGCUCGGCCUCUGGAGCGCGAGAAAUCGCCCGGUCGGGCUGUGCUAGACAGCCGCAGGGAGAGAUCGCCCGGGCGCUUCGAGAGCAGCGGCAGCGAGAGAGACCGGGAGCGCUGGCGCCUUCACACUAGCUCUGUUCGCACCCAGCUGACUCCCGUCAACAAGGUUUGGGACCAGUCUUCAGUCUGAGAGCGUCCCGGAAGGAUGACGUAAGAGCCAUCGUCCACCUCCCGCGUGGAUGGACUUGCCCUUUUAACAGGCGCUUCGUAAAACUCUGAACUAUAUCAUCUCAUGCCUGUAACCGUGAACAGAGCCAUGUUAUUCACUCGCAGCCCCAGAGUCUGGGACAUUGUGCUGAUGUUGUAAACUCUGUCCAUGCUGUAACCAUUCAUGAAGGUCCAAUGUAAAGAAAAACAAAUGCAGUUUUUUGGGGGGAAAGACUUUGAGGGAAUAUCCUGGGUUCAGUAAGCUAAGCUCUCAACAGCGUUUGGUGGCAUGACGGCCAUUACUGCAGAAAAUCCUUCUGAUUCUCCCCUUUUUGAUUUUAUGUACAAAUUGUGAUAACAGUAAUACAUUUUUACUGGAGGUAAAAAGGAACAGGCCCUUUUAUAAGUGUUUUAUAGCAAGACAUUUCACAUAAUUUUUUUUCCUUUAGACACAUUUCUAGGGUAAAGAACAUCCUUUUUCUUUUUUUAUACACCAUCUACUAGCUUCAGUAGAUUAUAAUACAUUGGCCAUUUUGUCAAAAAUAAAUUAAU